AUGGAUCAACACGACGUGGAAAAGCGACUCGUGUCCGAAGGAUCGCACAACAAGGCCAUGAUUCCUCGAUGGAUCCUCACGGGCAAUGAUGCAAAGCGACGUUUCAACAUCGGCCUGAGCGAGAAGGACGCCAUCAAUGUCCUCUGCGUCUUACUCAACACGGUGUCGGCUGUGGCCAUCGUCUUCGCGAACAAGAUUGUCUUUAGCGAUCCUCAAUUUCGAAAAUUCCAGAUUGGCACCGCGGCCUGGCACUUCACGGCGACCAGUGUGUUGUUGUAUGUGGCGACCUUGAAACCCUUCAGCUUCUUCAAGCCCGUGCGGCUCGCCGUGCGAGAUGUCCUGCCGCUGUCGACCCUGUUCGUCGGGUUCCUGGUCCUGGGUAACCUGUCUCUGGCCCUCAACACCGUCUCCUUUUACCAGCUGGCCAAGAUCAUGACCACGCCGACCGUGGUGGCAAUCAACUUUGUGCUGUUCGGAACCCGCCUCCCUACUCCCCUGCUGGUGGCCAUCAUGGUUUCGUGCCUGGGCGUGGCCUUGACCAACGUCGCGAUGGUGUCGUCCAACCCGACGGGCAGCCUGGUGGCCAUUGCGGCCUUCGUCACCACCGCAUUCUACCAAAUCUGGAUCGGCAAAAAGGUCCACGAGCUCGACAUCAGCGCCCCGGCGCUGCUGCUGAACCAGGCGCCCGUCUCGGUGGUGAUGCUGCUGGUGCUGCUCCCCUUCACCGACACGAUCCCGGACUUUUGGACCGUCGACCCCAAGAUCCUGGCCACGUUCCUCUUCUCGGGCAUCCUCGCCGCGGGGCUCAACCUGAGCCAGUUCCUGAUCAUCGGACGCCUCUCGGCCCUCGCCUUCAACGUCGUCUCCAACGCCAAGAAUGUCAUCAUCAUCGCCCUCGGCUGGUACGUGGCCGGGCAGGCUCCGUCAAUCAAGGACGUUCUGGGCGUCAUGCUUGCCCUAGGCGGAGCGGGCGCGUAUUCGUGGUUACAGCGUCGGUGA